AUGACAGACUUCGAAUUGACAGCUGGGAAGGGAAAGAGCAGAGUAGAGCAGGUGCUCAAAUUCAAGAAACCUAGCAAACAAGAUCCAGCGGCGGCAAACCCCGCAGCAUGGGCGCAGCAGCAGCAGCUCCCCCCGUCCGACCGCCUGCACACGGCGGUGCUUCCCAAAAGCGGAAGCCUGCAGGGCGGUGGCACGGCGACGGACGGCGGAAAGAAGGGGGCGGCAGCGGAGCUGGCGCAAGUGGACCUGCGCGCGCUGAGCCACGCGCAGCGGGAGCGGCUGGUGGAGCGCGCGCUGGAGACGCUCGAUCAGGACAACGAGGCGUUCCUUACGAAGCUUAAAGCCCGCCUCGACCGCGUGGGGCUGAGCGUGCCGGCGGUGGAGGUGCGCUUCGAGGACGUGCAUGUCGAGGCGGGCGUGUAUGUCGGCACGCGCGCGCUGCCCACGCUCCUCAACUUCACGCGCAACUCGCUCGCCGCCGCGCUGCACUCACUGGGCGUGGAGUUGGAUGCGCGCCGCCCGUAUCCGAUCCUGCACGGGUGCUCGGGCGUGCUGCGGCCGGGCCGUAUGACGCUGCUGCUGGGGCCGCCAGGCGCCGGCAAGUCAACGCUCUUGCAGGCGCUCGCGGGCUGCCCCGAUAAGUCGCUCAAGGUAUCUGGCAGCGUGACCUAUAACGGGCAUGCUCUUAACGAGUUCGUACCAGAGCGCACAGCAGUGUACGUGCCGCAGAACGACGAGCACAUCGGCGAGAUGACCGUCCGGGAGACCCUCGACUUCUCCGCGCGCCUGCAGGGCCCGGGGCUCAGGAAAGACCUAGUGGCGGAGCUGGAGAGGCGCGAGGUGGAGCAGGGCAUUGUACCGGACCCUACUAUGGACGCCGUCAUGAAGGCGAUGGCACUGGAGGGCAACCCCACCAACAUCAUCACAGACUAUGUGCUCAAGAUUCUAGGCUUGGACAUCUGUGCAGAUACUGUGGUAGGGAAUAACAUGCUGCGCGGCAUCUCAGGCGGGCAGAGGAAGCGCGUGACCACAGGCGUGGCGCUGGUGGGCGGGCAGCAGGUGCUGCUGAUGGACGAGAUCAGCACGGGCCUCGACUCCUCCACCACCUUCCUCAUCACGCUCUGCCUGCGCCACCUCACGCACCUCCACGCCGCCACCACGCUCGUGGCUCUCCUCCAGCCUGCCCCCGAGACCUACGAGCUCUUUGACGACGUGCUGCUGCUCUCCGAGGGCCACGUCGUCUUCCACGGGCCCCGAGAGCAGGACCAGGGGCAGUACUGGAAGGGGGGAGUGGCUGGGGCAGAUGGUGGGGUGGGCGGGAAAAGCCAGCCGUACCACUAUGUGCCGGUGCAGGCGUUUGAGGCGGCAUUCAAGGAGACGCAGAUCGGCAAGGCCACUGCUGCCCACCUCUCGGUGCCCUUCCCAAAAGAAAAGAGCCCUCCAGGUGCACUGGUGCAUAAGCGCUACGCUCUCCCCACCUCAGAGAAGUUCCGCGCAGUCUUCGCGCGCGAGUAUCUGCUUAUGCGCGCAACCCCCAUCUCCCAUCCCACCUUAUCCCCCCACCAGGUGCCCUACCCCAAGGAGAAGAGCCCCCCCGGCGCACUCGUCCACAAGCGCCACACCCUCCCAACCUCCGAGAUGUUCCGCGCAGUCUUCGCGCGCGAGUUUCUUCUCAUGCAGCGCAACUCCAUCCUCUACGCAGCCCAAACCAUCCAAAUCAUCCUUGUAGCUCUCGUCGCCAUGACCGCCUUCUUCCGCACCACGCUCACCGUCUCCCUGCAAGACGCCAACUACUACCUCGGAGCCACAUUCUUCGGUGUGGUCAUGAUGCUCUUCAAUGGAUUCACGGAGCUCCCGCUGGUCAACUUCCGCCUGCCGGUGUUCUACCGCCAGAGGGACGCGUUUCUGUACCCCGCGUGGGCGUGGGCCGUGCCUCUCGAGCUGCUCUCCAUGCCCUUCUCCGCGUGGGCGUCCAUCAUCUGGACCACCUUUACGUACUAUGGCAUUGGCUUCGCACCCGAACCGGGCAGCUUCUUGCCGUUGAUCUUCUUUUCCAUCCACUCCAUCUUCUCGUCAUCCAUCCUCCCGUAUUCCCGUCUCCUUCCUCCGCUCCCCCUCCACCCCCCACUGCAGUUUCGCCGUGCAGAUGCUGCUCUUCUUCCUCAUCCACCAGCUCUCAUUCUCCGCCUCAUAGGGGCGCUGGGCCGCAACAUGGUGAUGCUGCUCUUCUUCCUCAUCCACCAGGUCUCCAUCUCCCUCUUCCGCCUCAUAGGAGCGGUGGGCCGCAGCAUGGUGGUUUCCACCACCUUUGGCUCAUUCGCCGACAUCCUCUUCGUCCUCAUGGGCGGCUUCGUCAUCGCAAAAGCCGACAUCAGCAACGUGUGGAUCUGGGCGUAUUGGCUCUCGCCUCUCAUGUACGCGCAGAACGCCCUCGCUGUCAACGAGUUCCUCGCCCCCCGCUGGAACGUCUCCGCAGGGCCGCUCUUCCCCUCCUCAGCCACCAUGGGGCAGGUUUUGCUGGAGAGCCGCUCGAUCCCAGCGGAUGGCAAGUGGGCCGGCAUUGGCGUGGCGGCACUCAUCGGCUACAUCCUGCUCUUCAACCUCCUCACUGUUGCCGCGCUCGCCUAUCUUGAUCCGUGGGACCGGCCGGCCGCAGCCGGUGGUGUCGGAGGAGCAGAUAGAGGCGAAGCAUGCCCAUGGGACCAGCCGCAACCGGUGGUGUCGGAGGAGCAAAUAGCGUGGGACCGGCCACAGCCAGUGGUGUCGGAGGAGCAGAUAGAGGCGAAGCACACCGCCCGUACGGGCGAGGUGGUGGUUGCAGCGGGCGGCAACAGGAAGCGGUCCACCCGGCAGGAUGCUGGCAGUGCUCUGGACCGCUACUGCACCAGCCACACAGGGGCCAAAGACGUGGAGUCACAGCCCGAGUCCACGGAGGGCAAGCACGGCAUGGUACUGCCGUUCGCGCCGCACUCGCUCUCCUUCCACAACGUCAACUACUUCGUCGACAUGCCCGCCGAGAUGCGCGCCGAGGGCGCCCCCCCCGACGCGCGCCUGCAGCUGCUGCGCAACGUGUCGGGCGCCUUCCGCCCCAAAGUGCUGACAGCGCUGGUGGGCGUGUCGGGCGCGGGCAAGACGACGCUCAUGGACGUGCUGGCGGGGAGGAAAACUGGCGGGUAUAUUGAGGGGGACGUGCGCGUGUCGGGCUUCCCCAAGGUGCACUCCACGUUUGCACGCGUGGCGGGGUACUGCGAGCAGAGCGACAUUCACACGCCGCAGGUGACGGUGCACGAGAGCCUGCUCUUCUCCGCGUGGCUGCGCCUGCCGGCAGAUGUGGACGUGGAGGUGAGGGAGGAGUUUGUGGAGGAGGUGAUGGAGUUGGUGGAGCUUGAUAGUCUGCGCGACGCCAUGGUGGGGCUGCCGGGGGUCAAUGGGCUCUCCACGGAGCAGCGCAAGCGCCUCACCAUUGCCGUCGAGCUCGUCGCCAACCCCUCCAUCAUCUUCCUCGAUGAGCCCACCAGCGGGCUCAAUGCACGGGCAGCGGCCAUUGUGAUGCGCACCGUGCGCAACACGGUGGACACGGGGCGCACGGUGGUGUGCACCAUUCACCAGCCCAGCAUCGACAUCUUUGAGGCCUUUGAUGAGUUGCUGCUGAUGAAGCGGGGAGGCGAGGUGAUAUACAUGGGCCCCUUGGGCACGGACUCGCGGCUCAUGAUAGACUACUUCCAGGCCAUUCCAGGCGUGCCGCCCCUCCCCGCCGGCUACAACCCAGCCACGUGGAUGCUCGACAUCUCCACGCCCGCCAUGGCCGACAAACUCAACCUCGACUUUGCCGACAUCUUCCGCAAAUCAGACCAGUUCCGCCGCAACGAGGCGCUCAUCGAGUCGCUCAAGACGCCCCCGCCAGGCCAGCAGGACCUCGCCUUCGCCACUCAGUACGCCCGGAGCUACGCAUCGCAGUACACUGCCAACCUGUGGAAGCGCGCGCACAUGUACUGGCGUGCGCCGGACUACAACGCGAUGAGAUACUUUUCCAGUGUUGUCAUGGCGCUGCUGAUCGGAGGCGUGUACUGCGGGCAGGGGCAGCAGCGCAGCACGCAGCAGCAGGUGCUGAACCUGAUGGGCGCCAUGUACACGGCGGCCAUCUUCAUGGGGUGGAACAACUCUGCCUCCAUCCAGCCCAUCAUCGCCGUCGAGCGCACCGUCUUUUACCGCGAGCGCGCCGCAGGGCUGUAUGGUGCCAUCCCGUACGCCCUGGCGCAGGGGGCGAUCGAGGUGCCGUAUGUGUUGGUGCAGACGUUCAUCUACUCGCUGAUCACGUACGCGAUGAUCCAGUUUGAGUGGACGGCCGGCAAGUUCUGGUGGUACACGCUCUUCAUGUUCCUCACGCUCUUCUACUUCACGUGCUACGGCCUCAUGGCCAUCGCCAUCUCGCCCAACGAGCAGAUCUCCAUGGUCUUCUCUAGCUUCUGCGUCUCCUCCUGGAACCUGCUUUGCGGUUUCCUCAUUGCGCGACCCCACAUUCCGGUGUGGUGGCGGUGGGCCUACUGGAUCGACCCCAUCUCCUGGACCCUCUAUGGCCUCAACGCCUCACAGCUGGGAGAUGUGACGACGACCCUGCAGGUGCCAGGGGUGACCCCGGACCCAACGGUGCAGGUGUAUCUGGAGGAGGUGUUUGGCUACCAGCACUCGUGGCUCGGCUAUGUUGUGCUUGUCAACAUCGGAUUCAUCAUCCUCUUCUUUACCGUCUUCGCUUUCUCAAUCAAGAAGCUUAACUUCCAAAACCGCUAA